UGCAGAGUGAAGGAGGAAAUGAAAUUUUUCUGAGAAAGCAGAAGUGUAGUAGAACAGCACUACACUUCAGUGUCUCCUUGCCAUGGCAGCAGCUCUGCCCGUGUGCUACCACGGCGCCAUCAGCAGGAAAGAGUGUGAGGAUCUGCUGGGACACAAGAACAAGGAUGGAGCUUACCUGAUCCGAGACAGCGAGACCAUUCAGGGAGCCAUGUGUCUUUGUGUCUAUAAAAAGAAGGUGGUGUACACCUACAGACUGCUUCAGACACACACGGGACAGUACACUCUCUUGACAUCAGGAGGUUUGGAGGAGACAUUUUUUAAGAAUUUGGACGAUCUGAUUCGUCACUACAAGAGAAAGAACCAGGGUCUGGCCAUGCACCUGCGCCACUCUGUCAAAAGGAAGACGGCCUUGUUGAUCCAACACCGACAACAAACUGAAAAUCCGCCUGUGGAAGAGCCACAGAGGCGGCUGCAGCUUUCAUGUGAAGAAGAGCACGACUAUGAGAACGCUCCUUCAUCUGACUACGUCGAAGUCCUCCCUGAACAACUCUGACUUUGACAUUUAGCAUCAAACGUGUGAAGAAAGUGCCAAGACUGGAGAAAAACUCUGAACUAUGGGAACUUAAAAAGGACGACAGGUCCACAGACUAAAUGAGACUCUUGGACAAUGGACACAUACUUCAGAACAGAGAUUUUUUUUCUGGUUAGUUGGUGGGUCAGUGGUCA